AUGUCCAUGGCUCAUCAGGCGGCGGCCGCCGGCGGCGACACGAGGCUGACCAAGCUGUUCGUGGGGGGCCUGGCGUGGGAGACGAGCAAGGAGGGCGUGCGCGGCCACUUCGAGCGCUUCGGCGAGAUCCUCGAGGCCGUCGUCAUCGCCGACAAGGGCACCGGCAGAUCCAAGGGCUACGGAUUCGUUACCUUCCGGGAGGCGGAAGCGGCCAUGAGGGCGUGCUUGGAUCCGUACCCGGUGAUUGACGGCAGGAGGGCCAACUGUAACCUCGCCUGUCUCGGGGUCCAGAGGUCCAAGGCGCCACAAACACUGCCUUAUCUGCAACCAUAUGCUGCAGUAGGCCAUGUCCAUGGUGGAGGCAACAUCAACACGAGGGCAGUGAAAGCUGCCAUUGCUGCUGCUGCUGGUGGUGGUGCCAGCUUCGUCGACCAUGGCAUCCAGCAAGGGGUCCCUGCCGCGGCCUACAACAUGUACGGCUCGAGCUUGCUAGCUGGAAAGCGGAUGGUUUUGGUUAAAGGCGGUUGCAUGCUCGUUGAUGGUUGGCGGUUGGGGGCCAGGACUGCACCGUCCAUCCAUGCGUACUCUCCAUAUUUCUCGGACUACAGCUAUCAGCCACUGACCUAUUAUCAGGCGUACGGUGGGCUAGCCGGAGGGGCGCAGUACCAGGUCUUCAACGGUGGCGCCACCACAGCGCCAACGGCGGGGCUAGCAAUGGCUGAUCCAACCGGGCUCUACCCCUACUACCAAUAUGCACCUGCCGUGAGUGCCGCGGCUGCAUACAACAUGAUGCAGUACCCCCAGAUGUACCAGUACGCGGCGGUCGGCGCCCCGCCAGAGAGCAGCCCGACAGCAGUGUCCGGCCUCCACCAGUUCAUUGGCGCCGCUGCGUUUGAGCCUCAUACUGGCAGCCAGGCGGGAGGUAUGACACUGGCUCAGCUGACAGCUCCAGCUCUGCCGGCACCUGCGCCACAGUAUCAGUACAGGCUCGUCUCUCCCAUGCCUAUUGCAACACCAGAUCAGAAGAAGCCCUUAGCCUAG